AUGGUCGACACUCCCGCGGGUGUGACCUUCAUCGCACCCAGCACGCCGUUGAAGAAACCGGAGCUGGAUACCAUCGGAGAGGUGAUGGUGACACUCUCGUCCACACUCAACAAGCCUAACUUGACCUACGAGGAAAAGGAAGACUUUCUCACCGCCUUCUCGCGCUGGCUGCAGGUCACCGCCGACCGCCACGACAUUGCCCUCGAGCAAGGCAUGACUUCCGAUGACGACAGUAACUUCGGCGCCGACGAUGAAGGAGCUGCGAAGGACGAAGAUGAUGACGAGGACGUGAUUGCUCUCGGCAAACGCAAGACCGGCUCUGGCAAAGAUGGCUAUAAUGACGACGAGGAGUCCGAGAUCGCCCUUCAAGCCAUCACGGUUACACUCUCCCCCGACCUGUCCUUCGCCGCAAUGAAUGAUCUACGCGACCGGUUCGUUCAAAAACUUCAAGCUAUCAGGAUCUCCAAGGGCCGCCGUCUCGUCAACUCGAACGGCGAUGUCAUCAGCCGCAAAGGUCUCGCCGCGGCGAAGAUAGACAUACGGGAGUGUCAACAGAUCGCAAACUACAUCUUCACCGACAUGUUCGGCCAGCCGGCUCUUGUGCGACUAGCCCAGCUCAUCGAACACGUCAGCCACCCGAGUGGUGGUGGUGACCCCAAUGUGGUCGAGCGCGCCAUCCAGGCUGCCAACGACGCCAAAAUGCCUCGGGUCCUUCGCGCGUUGUUCGCUGCAUGGGCCAAAGCCGAGGCUGCUGAUGUCAAGACCAACAGCUUUCAUCGUGCAAUCCUAGGCAAUGUCGCCCUCCUAGACAUACUGACACUGUAUAACAACCUAAUCACGACCCUCGACAAAGGACGCAACACCAAGGCGAGACGAAUGCUGGAGAAUGCGGGUCUGAAGACCUCCCGGGGUCGGGGCUGGAAGAGCCUGGUCGGGGCUGGAAGAGCCUGGUCAGAGAGUUCAUCAGCACGACUUUGGGGCUCCAAAGCCAUCAUGCCAUUAGCAACAAGCUACAAGAGGCGCAGAUUGUGUCCACCUUUUGCGAACCAUGGGACAAUGGAAUGA